AUGUCCUAUCGCCUGUUUUACGCUGUGUUCGUGUCACUUACAGCUGCAGACUUAAUAAUCGGAGAUAAGCCGGGAAACGCUGGACGGGAUACGCCUGGAUGCAGUCCCAGCUUCGAGUGUGUACCUGGAGUAUGCAUUGACGCGGCCCUGGUAUGUAACGAUAUAGCAGAUUGCCAAAAUGGACUCGAUGAAAGUGUACUUGAGUGCGGUUGCCCGAUAUACCAGUUUCAAUGCAACACCACGUGUAUCGAUUUGAUUCGCCGAUGUGAUUUCGUAGACGAUUGCCCGGAUGGAUCAGACGAAGCAAAUUGCGAUCACCGUCCAUGUUGGUAUGGCGAAUUUCGAUGCCAAAAUGAAGAGUGUGUGACUGGCGCCUUUGUCUGUGAUGGUAUAGAAGACUGUAACGAUGGUUCUGAUGAAACGUGGUGUGGUGAAGAACAUCACAUUUCUUGCUCCGAUGGUUCUCUGAUUCAUCGUUACCUGUGGUGCAACGGAAUUCCAGACUGUGAGAGCGAUCACGCGGACGAGGUCAAUUGCUAUGAUGAAUGUCCGGAUGACUAUUUCCGGUGUAGCAACAACCGUUGUAUAAGGAAUUCCCAUCUCUGUGAUUUGAAAUGUGACUGUGUCGGUUCCUGCGAAGACGAAACUAAUUGCGGUAACAAUACCUGUUCCGAAGCGAGCCAGUUUUGGUGUCGUGAUUAUUCACGCUGCCUUCAUAAAUCUUAUCUCUGUGAUGACGAAGAUGACUGCCUUGAUGGCUCAGACGAGUAUGGAUGUAGAUACAUUCCUUGUGGGACUGAUGAGUUUAGAUGUGGAAGCGGUGAGUGCUUACCGAUAUCCCAGCUAUGUGAUGGAUCGAGAGACUGUGGUGACAGUGCAGACGAGCGCAGCUGCGAGCAAAAUAUAUGCCCAGAUGACAAGUUUCAAUGCGGUACUGGUCAGUGUUUAGAAAAAUAUCAAGUAUGUGAUUACUUUGCUGACUGUGAGGACGACUCAGAUGAAAAACACUGUGAGCACAUGCAGCGAAACUGCACAGACGAGGAGUUCGCUUGUCUUAAUGGUCAGUGUAUUUCCUUGGACAGACGCUGCUACAAAGAUGAGUUUGAUAGUAUUCAUGGAUGCAAGGAUGGAUCACACCUUAUUAAUUGUAGAGACAAACAGUGUGGUGACGGGGCGUUUAAAUGUCGUGGCAAUGGAUAUUGCAUAACACAGCACAUGGUGUGUGAUGGUGAGGUCGACUGUGGGAGAGUAUGGAACGAUGAAGAAGACUGCUAUCAUAUAUGCACCAACCAAAUUUGUGUGUGUCAUUACAACGAAAUGGACUGUGAAAAUAAAAAAUUGAAUGAUCUGCGUUUUGUUAUAGAACCUGGAUAUGUGCAACUUAAAUUGGGCCAUAACAAUUUCGGUUCGAUCUCUGACCUCAGUAAUUACACCUUUGCGGGAUUCGAGAGAUUUUUAUCGCUGCAUUUGACUGGUAACCAGUUGAUUGAAAUCGAACCAUACGCGUUCAAUGGCACCACGUCCCUCACUACACUGAGUCUUCAGGGACAGAGCUUACAGUGGUUACACAUGAACGCCUUCAUCGGUCUUGACAGUCUCCGUGUAUUAAAUCUAUCCCAUAACCACUUGCGUUUCAUAGACAAUGGAGUUUUCAAUGGUCUUCACGAAAUCAUGACAAUCGAUCUUACCUUCAAUGAUUUAUUACAAGUUGAAAGCAAGGUAUUCUACGGACUAAUGAAACUUGAAAAUCUACUGACUGACGAAUAUCGUUUUUGCUGCUUGGCCAGAUUCGUACCGAACUGCUCACCUCCUCCCAACGAGUUCUCCUCGUGUGAGGACCUCAUGUCCAACGUAGUGUUAGGUGUCAGUAUUUGGUUACUCGGCACCGUGGCGUUCGUCGGUAAUCUGUUGGUUAUCUGUUGGCGCCUACGAGAUAAACGUGACAAUAAGGUACAUUCAUUUUUGAUCACUAAUUUAGCCGUUGGUGACAUGUGCAUGGGUAUUUAUUUGCUCAUCAUCGCCGUUGUGGACGCGUAUUACCGAGGGGAGUACAUCGCCCAUGAUAACAUGUGGCGGCGCAGUACACUGUGUAAAGCUGCUGGCUUCCUAUCGGCAUUCUCCAGCGAACUAUCCGUAUUUACACUGACUGUUAUAACAUUAGACAGACUCGUGUGUAUUGUGUUUCCUUUCCGCUUUAAACGAUUGCAGUUCCAUGGCGCCUGUCGCGUCAUGGCAGCGGUAUGGUUAGCGGUUUUCUUUCUUUCCGCCAUUCCACUGCUUGGAAUUCAUUACUUUGGCAACUACUACGGCCGCUCUGGAGUCUGCCUGGCACUGCACAUAACACCGGACAAGCCCAAGGGCUGGGAAUAUUCUGUUUUUGUCUUCCUGGUCUUGAACUUGGUAAACUUCUUGGCAAUCAUGUUGUCGUACGUGGCAAUGUUCGUGGUGGCUACGAGAACUCAACAAGCUGUCAGGAACCGUGAUAUGAAAACAGAAAACGCGAUGGCUAAACGCGUUACCUUGAUUGUGAUGUCAGAUUUCUGCUGCUGGGUACCGAUCAUACUGCUUGGAUUUGCGUCGCUUGGUGGCGCUGUAAUCCCGCCUCGGGUAUACGCAUGGGUGGCAGUGUUUGUGUUACCUCUCAACUCCGCCAUUAAUCCGUUACUUUACACAAUAUCAACGCCGACAUUCAUGAAACGGACCAAAAAGAUGGCUGAUUCUAUCACCGAGUCGUUUCGUGUGAGGUGGAGAACGGACGGACGAGCCAAUAGCUUCGCAGAAUCGCAAACAAGAUCGUCCUUUUCAUACACUGGUAUCGACCGUACAGAUCGAUGUGCUUCCGUUGGGUCGAAUAACUCGGCUACGGUUGUCGCAAUACGCUUGCGCACACUGUCUGGCAGUCACAAUGGCGGCAUGGAUCUGAUUGGUUACCAUGAUAAACGAACCGGAAGUGAUCAGAGUAGCAGGGAGAGGUGCGACAGCGGUAAAAGUGUGACGUUCGCUGCAGACACGACAGAUUGGAGAAAGAGAAUAAACCAACCACCACCGCAUGAUAUAAAAAUAAUAAGCAGGCUUGGACAGAAUAAAUAUAAGAUUGAGUUCAAGCCACAAAACCAGUAUGCCACGUCGGCGUCAGGUUGUCUUGUAUGCUUUCCGGAGAGGAAUGCGAAUGAAUUUAACAACAUCACGCAGAUCUUGAGAAAGCUGCACGAGAACGAGAAUGCCCACGACAACAUUGUUAAGCUGCUGUGGACUUGCAGCGCGUCAGAUAUAGUGGAAUGGAAUGGCACGAAAGAUCAGAUUCCGAAUAACACAAAAUUACUGAUCUGUUUUGAAUAUGUGAAUGGUGUUACUCUGAAAGAAUUUGCCAAAGAUACAUUGGACAUUAGAAUAUUCAUACAAAUCAUUAUCCAGAUAUCCAGGGCGGUAGACCACCUCAGAAAACACAACAUAGUUUAUGAUAAUUUGUCUUCCUCCACUGUUCUAGUCGAAGCCAUUAGCCAGGAAUUACCGAAAAACGUUCGUCCCGUCCUGUUCGAUUUCUCAAAAGCAAUAGACCAGUUAACAAACAUGAAUGAGACCAUCGAUCAAAUGAAUGAUGUCAUGGCAAUUGCGCGCAUGCUCAAUGACCUUUGUGCUAAUGUGCUGGUAACACACGAAGCAGACGACACCGAUACUACUGAAUUGGCGCCAUUGUUUACAGGGACACGGUUGAAUAUGAAUAAAGGAUUUCGGGCUGACGAAGUGUUGCGCUUAUGUGUAUCAGAAUGUGCCAAUGAGCCGGCUUCAGCUUUUGAUAUUCUCCAUCAAUUGACGUCACUUAUGAAUGACCCGGAUGGAGUGUACUACGUGUGA